CACCACCGCAUUGAGAGAAUGCAAAAGUUGUGCUAAAGCAAAAUUGCUACUUUAUAUGCCUCGGUCGAAAUGUGAAGGUGUAUAAGUAGGUGGAGCCGGCAUAUAGCCUGACAGCAAGCAAUAUUAAAUCUUGGCAAAGAGAAAGUGACCAAUCAAACCCGAUAAAAGCGAGCUGGGGACCCUUAGUACUAAUUAAAGUUAGUGAUUGCGGAAAUCAUAUGCUUGCCCCGCUAUGUGCUUUUGGCUGCUGGCAGAAAGGGACCAACUUAUUACUACAUAGACCUAUCAAAUCUUAUCAAAUCUCAUGCACCACCGACCACUGGCACUACUACCGUAACUUUUUACCUCCUCUUCCCUUUUUCUCUCCAACAGCCACCUCAAUUCUUUUUUCUUCUCCCGCCUAUCGAUACUAGAAGUCUGGAUUGCUUUCACUCCUUAAGCAUUCUGGGAUCGACUAGGUAGCCGGGACCGUCAAAGCCGGGUAUUCCAGUUGCUCAUACCGUCUAUUAGUAGACGUCCUCACGUCAUCUGCUGCGUGUCUAUCUUCGCAGCUCCCUUUCGUCUUACCUAGGUUUCUGCGACAAGGUCGACCCUCUGUGACAAUGGCACCCCAGGAACCAUUUCCCAUCCUCAAUAGCUCGGCCGACCAAUUACACUCGGCGGCUGAUCAGGGGAAUGCGCGUCGGCGUAGGAAGUCGAGCGUGCUUGGUGCAGACAUCAGGCUGGGAGACACGGGUGCGCCUAGUUUGCAGGCGAGUCUUGCGACCUUUCAGGAUACAAAUGGACAUACGCAAAAGCCAUCAACACCGGAUGGCAAGGAAGUGUCUAAACGAGGUUCAAAGCGUCGCAAAGCUCGCUCUUUUUUGCGUCGCUGCAAACACUACGCCCUCAAGCACACCUGGGUCUUACCCCUAGUCGUCUUGGUCAUCUUCCUGUCCGUGUACGCCAUUAACCCGUCUGAAUCGAACCCUGUUCAUCACUUCAUCUUCCUCUCGUACAAGCUCCCGCUUGAGGCCGGUGCUGAUUCCGAAGCGCCUGUCCAAUAUGGCAAGGGGCCGUGGGAUAUCGCCUUCGUAUCUUUCUAUACCGUCGUCCUCUCCUUUACGCGCGAGUUUAUCAUGCAAGAACUUCUCCGCCCGCUCGCCAGGAGAGCCGGUCUAAAGUCGCGUGCCAAACAGGCGCGUUUCCUAGAGCAGAUGUAUACCGCCAUCUAUUUCGGGUUCUUGGGGCCGACCGGUAUGUACGUCAUGAGCCGAACCCCUGUUUGGUAUUUCAACACCCGCGGCAUGUAUGAGAACUUCCCUCAUAAGACGCACGAGGCCAUGUUCAAAUUUUACUACCUAUUCCAGGCCGCCUAUUGGGCCCAACAGGCUAUUGUCCUCUUGCUUGGCAUAGAGAAGCCGCGGAAGGAUUACAAGGAGCUCGUUGGCCACCAUAUCGUCAGUCUGACGCUUAUCGGGUUGAGCUACCGCUUUCAUUUCACGUACAUCGGUCUGGCCGUCUACAUUACCCACGACAUUAGCGACUUCUUCCUUGCGACAUCCAAAACUCUCAAUUACAUUGACCACCCUCUAGUGGGACCUUAUUUCUUCAUAUUUAUGACCUCAUGGGCCUACCUACGCCAUUAUCUAAACCUCCGCAUUAUCUAUUCACUAUUCACCGAAUUCAGGACUGUCGGCCCUUACGAGCUAAACUGGGAAACCGGACAGUAUAAAUGCGAACUUGCUUUCGUUAUCACUCUCACCCUCCUCUCGUCUCUGCAGGCCCUUAACCUAUUCUGGUUCUUCUUCAUCGUGAGGAUUGCCUACCGCUUCAUCGUCUAUAAGGAAGCAGACGACGACCGUUCUGAGGCUGAAGAUUCCGAUAUUAACGAGCCAGAGAACGAGAAGGCAGAGACACCAAAAGCGAUCAAGGAGAGCACCGAAGCGACGCCGUUACUUAACGGCAAUGCUAACGGCAUCAAGACCCACACGAACGGGUCGGCGUCGGCGUCGAAAAAGAAGGCGGCUCGAUAGAACGUUGGCCGCUUCUUGCCUUCGAUUCAUGACAUUCGCUUGUAAAUUUUAACCAGUAGGGGGCUUGCAUGUACAACACGAUACAGGAUUUCAGCAUAAACGGCGGGCGUAGACGAGACAAUUGGUAUUCGCGGGAAUUGCUAUAUAACGCAUUUCCUUUGAAAACAGAUGCUUGUAUGUUCCCUGAUGGCCUGUCUCAACGAUCAUAGGCGUUCAGAGAACGGGUUUAGCAUUCCAAGCCAUUCGCUCACGGGUCAUGGGAACGGCGCAUAUGGGGAGAUUCUUGGUUGCUUGGGUAAUGUUGCCCAGGGAUGAAGGGAGUCGUUGGUUUGCGGCGGGCCAGGGAACACGUUGGGACCAAUCUGCCUGGGGCACUCAGCCUAUACAAGCUUGCCUGCUGUUGCUUGCCUGCUGUUGCUUGCUUGCUAUUGCUUGCUUGCUGAUUUAUGUACUAAUGACGGAGGGAUGGACCAACGACUUUUGACCAACGACGAGCAUAGCAUGAUGAGAAAAGAGCAUUUGUCCGUUCUUGUUUUGCUUUUGUCUUUUUUCUACUACCCCUUCUUACGUACGAUAGUUGAAAACCCAUAACCAGCCCCUCCUCCCCCCAAACAUACAUAUAUAUAAUUCUUAAUAAAAGAUGAUGUCUUGCCAUAGUAAGGAAAGACGCGCCUCGUCUAAGCCGUACCGAGACCCUUGGUAUGACGCGUC